AUGCUGGAAAAUCCCCACCCUUCGGAGGCUGGUCUCAUGGUUUCGCGGGGAGACCACUUAUUGCAUAAUAGAUCGGCGUUGAUGGACCCAUUUAGAAGGAGAUCGGGGGUCAUGCGAUCACCCCCAUUGGUGAUUGCAGAGAAAAAGGACAAAGUUAAGGAUGAUAACUCUGAGAAAAAGUCUAAUAAGUUUGCGGAAGACAAAAAAAUGAAAACCCAAGAGGAAAAGAAAAACGAAGAUGCGGAAGUUAUCGUAUAUGAAACCGACGAGGAAGAACUGGCAAGAGAAACUGACUGGAUCCUAAAACAGAAUACUGCAAAGAAGCGAAAAAUGGAAAACGACGUUACCGUUUCAGAAAAGACAAAAGAGGAUAAGAAAGGUAACAAAGCAAGUAAAUUUUUUCACAAUAAAGAAGAAAGUAAGGAAAGUGAUAACGAAGGUAAAGCAAGUAAUGAAAAGGAAAGGAACGAAAAGCAUAAGAAUAGUGAAGUCGAGAAAAGUACACAUGAAAUAGGUAUGGCCAAACAGAAUCAAUUUGCCUUCAGAGACGUUAAAGAUGCCCUUGAAAAAUUUUCGAGAGAAUCACGAAAAAAGCCGAAAAUACACUUCAUUCAUUACUCCAGAUGGACAAUUUGA